AGAAGCGUGCCAUCGUUCCAUCGGUCCUGGUCCUGAUGAGCCGCUGAACGAAGCCGGCUGUCUGAGCUCCGCACCGGGACUGGGACCACAACUCACCCUCACUCCUCUUCCUCUUCUUCCUCCGUUUUCUCCUCAUCAGUCAAGCUCCUCUGCACCAUGCUGACCCGUCUGUUCCGCAUGCACGGCCUCCUGGUGGCCUCCCACCCCUGGGAGGUGAUCGUUGGCACGGUAACGCUCACCAUCUGCAUGAUGUCCAUGAACAUGUUCACCGGGAACGACCAGAUCUGUGGCUGGAACUUUGACUGCCCUAAAACAGAGGAGCAAAUCCUGAGCAGUGACAUCAUCAUCCUCACCAUCACACGCUGCAUCGCCAUCGUCUACAUUUACUUCCAGUUUCAGAACCUCAGACAGCUCGGAUCCAAAUAUAUUCUGGGCAUCGCCGGACUCUUCACCAUCUUCUCCAGCUUUGUUUUCAGCACGGUGGUCAUUCACUUCCUGGAUAAAGAGCUCACCGGCCUGAACGAGGCCCUGCCCUUCUUCCUGCUCCUCAUCGACCUCUCCAAAGCCUGUGCGCUCGCCAAGUUCGCUCUGAGCUCCAGCUCUCAGGAUGAGGUGAGGGACAACAUCGCUCGCGGCAUGGCGGUGCUGGGGCCGACCUUCACUCUGGACGCUCUGGUGGAGUGUUUGGUGAUCGGAGUGGGGACCAUGUCAGGUGUGCGUCAGCUGGAGAUCAUGUGCUGCUUCGGCUGCAUGUCCGUGCUGGCAAACUACUUUGUGUUCAUGACGUUCUUCCCUGCGUGCGUCUCCCUGGUGCUGGAGCUGUCCCGGGAGAGUCAGGAGGGUCAUCCCAUCUGGCAGCUGAGCCACUUCUCCAGAGUGAUGGAGGAGGAGGACAACAAACCCAACCCUGUGACGCAGAGAGUCAAGAUGAUCAUGUCUCUGGGUCUGGUGAUGGUUCACGCUCACAGCCGCUGGAUCGCCGAGCCGCUCUCCAUCAACACCACGGUGGACAUCCCACAGGUGGGCAUCCAGCUGGACCAACUCUCACCCAGGAGGAUCGAACCUGAGACUCCACUGUGGCACUUCUACCUGACCAGGAUGUUCACCAUGGACGUGGAGCAGGUGAUCUGUCUGCUGCUGGCUCUCAUGCUCGCCAUCAAGUACAUCUUCUUUGAGCAGGUGGAGAUGGAGUCCACUCUCUCACUGAAGAAUCCCAUCAUGUCUGCCCCCACCCUGACCCCCCGACGGCCCGUUGACACCUGCUGCAGGAAGGAAACACCUGCACCCCGCCCCCCUACCCCAGCCCAGAGUGCACCUGCUCCCACACCCUCCACCCAGGCGGAGAAAGACGAGGUGAUCCGGCCCUUGUCCGCCCCGUCUGCUGAUCCUAAAGUGAAGAGUGCCUUUGUCGUGGGGGAGGAAGAGAAGGAGCUCAAGUCAGAGAGCGAUGUGCUGACCGUCAGCACGAAACCCAGAGAGCUGGAGAAGUGUGUGUCCAUCCUCAACGACCCAGAGCUGGGUCCUCGUUUCCUGAGUGACGCUGAGGUCAUGCUGCUGGUGAACUCCAAACACAUCCCCGCCUACAAACUGGAGGCCAUGAUGGAGAGACCGGAGAGGGGCGUGGCCAUACGCAGAGAGAUGAUCUCUGCCAAGCUGCCCUCACCCUCAGCUCUGUCCUCACUGCCAUACACUGAUUACGACUACUCCAAGGUGAUGGGGACCUGCUGUGAGAACGUGAUUGGCUACAUGCCCAUACCUGUGGGCGUGGCCGGACCGCUGCACCUGGAUGGGCAGCAGUUCCAGGUUCCCAUGGCGACCACUGAGGGAUGCCUGGUGGCGAGCACCAACCGCGGCUGUCGGGCCAUCGCGCUUGGGGGCGGAGCCAACAGUCGCAUCCUGGCGGACAGCAUGACUCGAGGACCCGUGGUCAAGCUGCCGUCUGCCUGUCAGGCUGCAGAGGUCAAAGCCUGGCUGGAGAGCAGCGACGGCUUCCAGAGCAUCAAAGCUGCUUUUGACAACACAAGCAGGUUUGCUCGGCUCCAGAAGCUGCUGGUCGGUUUGGCAGGAAGAAAUCUCUACAUCCGCUUCCACUCCAAGACCGGGGACGCCAUGGGGAUGAAUAUGAUCUCCAAGGGCACAGAGCAGGCUCUCAGCAGGCUGCAGCAUGAAUUCCCUGAGCUGCAGGUCGUGGCCAUCAGCGGCAACUUCUGCACCGACAAGAAACCAGCCGCCAUCAACUGGAUUGAAGGACGGGGGAAGUCUGUGGUCUGCGAGGCCACCAUCCCCGCCAAAGUGGUCAGAGAGGUGUUGAAGACGUCGACGGCCGCUCUGGUGGAGGUGAACAUCAGUAAGAACCUGGUGGGCUCUGCCAUGGCGGGAAGCAUUGGAGGUUACAACGCACACGCAGCUAACCUGGUGGCUGCCAUUUACAUCGCCUGUGGACAGGACCCAGCUCAGUCCGUUGGCAGCAGCAACUGCAUCACUCUGAUGGAGGCGUCUGGACCCACAGGAGAGGACCUGUACAUCACCUGCACCAUGCCCUCGAUAGAGCUGGGGACUGUGGGAGGGGGCACCAACCUGCCCCCUCAACAAGCCUGCCUCCAGAUGCUGGGCGUGCAGGGAGCCAAUCAGGACUGUCCGGGUGAGAACGCCCGUCAGCUGGCCCGGGUCGUCUGUGGGACCGUCCUGGCUGGAGAGCUCUCACUGAUGGCUGCUCUGGCUGCUGGACACCUGGUCAAGAGUCACAUGACACACAACAGAUCGAAGGUGAACCUGCAGGAGACUCCAGGGACCUGCACCAAGAAAGCAUCCUGAGCCUGAGAGCAGCGAGGAGAGGUCCCCCAUCUGAAAGAGACUAAUCAAUAAUCAAUGAAACAAACCUCUGACGUCUUCAAAGUGCUUUCAAAGAGACACGCCGGCGUCCUCGGACCACACUCAGUGCUGGACAUGAAGAGGACCCGAUCAUAUUUAACGGUGGAAGUUAAUUCUCUUUCUCUUGUAUCGCUGAGCAGCUGAAUCCUCCCUCUCUUUGUCUCAGACGCUCUCUUCUCUCAGUUUCUGCUGCCUGUUGCCAAAUGAAGCUUUGUGAAACCAUCUCAUGGAGAAUGUUUGAAUGUGUGCAGCUGAACAGGAACAUGUCUGACGCUGCAUCUUUCAGUGUAGUCAGUGUUUGUUAGCUUGCUGCCUCUCAGCUCAGCAGACUUUAAUCAUGAGCGGAAACUAAAACCAUCAAAACCAUCACACACAGAGCGAUGAUCUGGAUCCAUGAGGCACUUCACCCUCAGGCUGCAGCCUCUCUCUCUCAGGCCGAGUCUCACCUGCUUGUUCAGGUGCUUUAAUAAGAAGGGUGAUACAGGAGGCUGCCGGUGUCAGGACUACUGUUCAUGUUUAGAUUCAAAAUGAGCAUGAAGACAGACCUCUGUCUCCAGAACCAAAGGACAGAACUGUGAAGGCCCGUUUACUGCAGAGACACGAGUGUGUGUGUGUGUGUGUGUGUGUGUGUGUGUGUGUGUGUGUGUGUGUGUGUGUGUGUGUGUGUGUGUGUGCGUGCGUGCGUGCGUGCGUGCGUGCGUGCGUGCGUGCGUGUGUGUGUGUGAGGUGACUUCUGAACAAGUCUGAAGGAACAUGCAUCAAUGACGCUUUUCAACUUUGUGGUAAUGUCCUAAAAAAAAUGAAUUCAGCCAUGAAAAUACAUUUUUUCAUUUUGGAUAUAUUUUGUAAUAAAUACAAAAGAACUUUA